GAGCUGCUCAGGGUGAUGAGGACGAUCGAUGAUAGAAUUGUCCACGAAUUAAAUACUACGAUUCCAACAGCUUCCUUUGUGGGGAAAGUUGAUCCUAGCCAGACGUGUAAAGAGCUGUACGAGUCUUUGAUGAAUGCUCACACCAACAGAGAAAGAAUCAUCAAAAACUGCAUCGCUCAGACUUCCAGUGUAGUGAAAACUCUCAGAGAAGAGAGGGAAAAGGCCCAGGAUGAUGUAGCAUUAUUAAAACAACUCAGGAAAGAGCAGACAAAGUUGAAAUUGAUGCAGUCGGAGCUCAAUGUUGAAGAAGUGGUAAACGACAGAAGCUGGAAGGUAUUUAAUGAGCGGUGCCGAAUUCACUACAAGCCUCCAAAGAGUCAAUGAUGUGGGAUAUUUUCCAUCAAGGUGGUCCAUAACUGUGAGAGCCAAACUGGAAAGAGACCUUGGGUGAGCUGUAUUGGGACCCUCCAGAACCAGUAGAACCCAGUCUUGUUUUGUUUUGGACCUACUUAGCUGACAUCUCAAGGCUGAAGUGAUUCUCCUGUAAUUGAGAGAAAACAAUUCAUCUUUUGUACCAAAUAUGUGAACAAAUGAGUUUUAUAGUAUUAAAAUAAUUUUGAAAUGGAAUGCAAAACUGGCAUCUUUCUUGAACUUCUACAGCUUCAGCAGUCCCAGAGGGGAAGAAACAGUAAAAGGCCUCUCUGAGCAGGGAGGACAAGGCUCUCCCUGACCUGGUGCCUGCUAAACUAUCAAGUGAGCGUGGUAUGUUUGUACAGCAAAUCUGCUAAAGUCUGCAAGGAAAUAAAAAUUGCAGAAUAAUCAGCAUGUGUAGUAGGUUCAGCAUCCCUGAAAGUAAGAAACUGUCAGCAUUAUUCCAAACUGCUUAACAGGAGCAGCAUUGGCUCAGAGCUGUGUGUGGAUACAGGUUUGCCAUUGCUCCUACAAUGCUGACAGGCAGCAUCUGUUGCAUACUGUCCUUUAGUAUGUGUUACCAAGUUCUGAAUUUUUCCUUUGUAUAGGGAAUGAGGUGUUGAUUAAAACCACUUUGAGUUGGAGAUGAAGGUAUGUUUCCUUUGGGAAUGAGACAGUUAACAGUCCAGUGAUUAUUUUUUGUCGCACCUUCUGAACCUUUAAAAUUAAUUCUACAAGUGAAUUGCUUUUGAGUUGAGAUAAGACCUGUGCAUAGCUGACCUUGUUGAUUCUGACCAUAGUGUUGUGUUAGGAAGCUUUAAUGCAAUACCCCUGCAGUAAUAGACAGAUAAGUAUGAGGAAAACUUAAUUAAUAAUAAUUAUACCUUUAUUUUUUACUAACUCAGGCUGUCAGUCAAAUGACAAGGUCUGCAUGGUUGCCAGCUAGUUUUAUUUCUCAGUCAUAUAUCUUUAAUAUAUCUUUAAUAACCACUGGAUUUGAACAGAGCAUUAAAAAUACAGGCUCCAUCUUGCAAUUCAGCAAGAGCAAUGAAAUUACUGCAUACUCUCAAGAUACCUAAAAGCUGUGCAUAUAUGGGGGGGUGGCAAGUACGUGCAGGACCUUUGACACUGAAAGCUGACAAAGAUCUGUGCAGUAUCAUCUGUUUUAUAGUUGUUUGUCCAGUAGAGACUGCAACUACUUGGUGACCUUUUAUUUUUAGGCAGCAAGGUCAUUUAGUCUCACUUUUUUUUUUCUGAGAAUGAGGCAGAAAUAUAUUUUAAAUCUUUGAGGAUGUAAAUCCUAAUGUUCAAACCUCAUUUUUUUUCUUUUUUUUCUCAAGGUACUGCAACUGUUCUAUGCAGAACUUUAUUCGAGUUGGAGCACUCAUCUCAUUCUUGAAGAUUUCUCAUUGUUUUUCUGCAACUCUGAAAGCAGAAAACAUGUUUGUUCAUCAACCGUUAAAUUCUUAUAAUUGUUUUUCAUCAAAAUGGAAAUCAAAUACUGCUCAGAACUAUGGGCUGAAUUAGCAGUAACCUAAAUUCAUGACAUGAUCGAUUAAUGAGAUGUUGAGAACAGUCAGCUUUUAUUUCAAAGUCGGUACUUUAAUAGUGACCUCUUCUGUAGGUGUCUAAAAUACUUGUUCUCUCCGUGGCUUGGGUCAACUGCAAGGACAAAUUCGCCUUUUAAGCCAGUUGUGUGAUAGAGUCUUCUGCUAGCGUAAAGAGUUGGCAUCAAUACUCUUGAAAUUUAAUCUUGUGUUUCUGUAGAAACUAGAGACUGUAAUGAGAAUUAAUCAUUGUCCUCCUUUAUCCAUCCAGAUGUUUGCUCAGCUGUUGUGGGAAAACUUAUUCGCUUUAGCAGAUGCUGUGAAAAAUGACCUGUGAAAUGGAUGUGAUACAUACACAGAUUUUUUUUUUUUUAAAUUUGUUAUGAGAAAACUGUGUAAAACUAAAACACCAAAAAGCCAAUCCAACGUAACCUUAUUUUCAUUUUGAAUAUAAGGGCAAAGAAGUAGCCCUCUACAAAGCUGUCUCUGAAAUACUUCAGACACCAUAAGAAGACUCCUAAGUCCCAAACACCCCUUCUUUGGGUGUCUGCAGCUUGUAUGCAGAGGGUUGCACUAAGAAGUUGUAUUGCUCCAUUUAGUUUGCUCUGAGUGCUGAGGGAUAUCUCCUACAGUAGUCCAUGGCAAAUCAUGUGGAUUAGAGGCUGUUUAUAUCUUGCUGUUGAACUUGGUGGAACAAGAAGGUCCCAUGAUUCCAUGACAGUGUGGGAUGAGGACCCAGGGGCCAGGCAAUGGUUAAGGCUGCCUAUUUAUGACCUACAGUGGAUACCCUCUACAUUAUCUUUGCGGAUGGAGAUAGGCAUGGUUGACGUCAAGAAAGGAUGUGUUGGCGGAAGGAGGAGGUGCUGUGGAGCCAGGAUGAUCAUCUUUUGGCUCUGACAAACAGAACAGACCAAAACAAAAUCGUAAGACCGGAACCUUGAAGCAUACCAGGCCCAAAAAUUAAGAGUCAUUUGAACAGGAAACAGAACCACCCUGCAUAUGUCAAUGAGGUUAAUGAAGUACGUGCUACCACACAUUGCUAUCUUACUCAGCUCUCCACUUCGAUCACGCCAUAUGUAAAAGGAGGAGGAGGAUACCAUUGGGCUGUAUAUAAGGAGGGCAGAAACUUCAUCGAAGUACAGGGAAGACCCAAAAAGACCUCAGGGACAGUCAACGGACGACUCUCCUCUCUCUCAUCCCAAGCAGGAACGUCUUUGUGAACCACCUGUCAUGUCAUCUAUCACUGGGAACUUCUCUGACCCCAAGUGUGCUGCUCAAGAAGUCCAGGAUAUCACCAACGCGGUGAAACUACAGCUUGAAGUGAGGGUAAACGGGAGAUAUGACAUCUUUAGAGCCAUACUCUACAGGAGUCAAGUAGUUGCUGGGACAAAUUACUUGAUUAAGGUCCAAGUUGCUGAUACUGAAUAUGUCCACUUAAAGGUGUUUGUGGGCCUUCCUCCGGAGAACUUAUAUCCUGCCCUUGUCAGUUUUCAGACUGGCAAGACCAGAGAUGAUCCUCUGGACGACUUCUGAGACACGAUGAGGGCAGUGCCUCACUUCUACAAGUCACGUGGGGGUUCUGACCAUGACAGUAAAUGCAUGAAAAUAAAAUAAGGCUUGAAAGCUA